CAGGUGCUGCUGGAGAUGUGGGCCCUCCGUCGGGGCGGCUGCCCGGAACGUGCGCUGCGCUUGUGCGCCCGCGUCGAGGCCGCCAAGCUGCUCCUGAAGCUGGCGCUGCGGAGGCAGACCCCUUUCGCGUUCUACGUCGACGAGGCGGCGCUCGACGAGGCGGAGCCGCCCUCCGGCGCCGGGGCGCAGGCGCCGCUGCAGGCCGCGCCCGCGCAGGACGCCUUCGUCGGCAGGCGGACGGGCAGGACGCUGACGGCGCUCGGGCCUCACGCCGCCCAUCGAGGUUCUGCCCUGGGCGUGGCCCGGUCGCUUGGCAAUAUCGUUGCGGACAGGAGUCCGGGCUCGUUGCAGACCCUCGUGGCCGAGGUUCUUUUCCAUGGACGUCCUUUUGUGCAUCUGAUGAUGCUGAUACAGCGUGGCAGAAGAUCCUGGGCGGCCUGGUUCGUGGCCGUCCUGUUGGACCGGCUGUCGCUGGGCCUGCUGACGUCUGCGGUGCGGCCCAGGCCGAACUCCCGGGCGGCGGCGCUGGAGCUGGCGGAGCUGCGGCGGCGCAGGUGGCUGCAGGCGUGGGCCCUGGCGCGCUCGCCCGCCUUCGAGCUGCUCCUGCGGCGCCCCGCCGAGAGACUGGAUCGCAUCCUCAAGAGAAUCCCCAUCGUGAACUUGUUCAACUUCCUCGAGCUGGGGCUGGCGCUUCAGCCCCUCUACUCCUCCAGCUCCGCGUCCUGA